UUGAAAGAGUCGGUGACGGUUUAAGAAACAAAAGCAGUGACAGAAAGACAGACAAGGACAGAAAGAAAGUGUUACAGUUGACAUAGCAACCAUCAGAAAUGAGGAGACAGAAGAUCAUGAACAGGAGAUUCUCUCUGGACAGUUUUGAACCCUCUCUUGGUUUGUUGGAGAAUGGGGGUCUACUGGGGAAGACCAAAACAAACCGGUACAGGCGAUCCUCCGAGUUCACAAAUGCCAGACCAAGUCUAGAGGAGGCCCAGCUGCAAAUCCUCGAGUUCAACCAGCGGACUUUGGCCAGGGAGCAGGGGGCCUCAGAAGAUGACAAUUUAAUACCACUAGAUGGAAGCAUCACUCAUGGCUUUAGGAAUGACAACAAAACAUUCCAUAAAACAUUUCCUGAUAUUCCAGAAGAAGAAGAUUUGACUCAUGCUUUCACCUGUGCCCUGCAGAAGGAAGUGCUCUAUCAUGGCAAGAUGUACGUCUCCAGUGAACAUAUCUGUUUCUAUUCGUCAGUUCUACUCAGAGCCACUAAGGUGAUAAUUGAGGUGGCGAGCGUUCACGCUGUGCGGAAGAAGAACACGGCGAAAUUGCUGCCCAACGCACUGUCGAUAACCACCAACAAUGGAGAGAAGUACAUGUUUGUGUCCUUCAGGAAUCGAGAUGGAUGUUUCAGGCUUCUUUCUUCAGUAUGUCCUCAUGUUCAGACCUCCGAUGAACAAACCAGUCCCCAAACACCCCAGGCUACCCUUGACCAAGAACUGGACACUAUAUCCAGUCACUCCAGUCAGGACGAGAGCCUGAGUCGACGGACCAGUGUUGACGAUCCUCUUCCUCUGGACUCUACCUAUGCACACCUGGGCAAAUCUUCAUUAGAGACCCCAAGGUCCAGCCCAAGUCCAAGGAGCAGCAUCAGCAAGGAUGGCCGUACCACAGAGGAGGAGGACUCAGGUGGAUCAAGAAUACCUGCUGUGUGGGAGAAAGUCAAGUCAUUACUAUUUGUGAGAGAACCUGAGAAUAUAGGACCACUCAUUCUCAUCUAUGUGAUACUGCUGACACUGCUGCUCCUGUCCUCUGGAUACAUCGGCCUCCGCAUCGUGGCGCUAGAAGAACAGCUGAGUGCUCUCCACUCCUUACAGGGACAGCACAAGGAAACAUAGCCUUUCACUCUGACAAAAAGGUGAGAUGUCACAUGUUUGAACACUGGAGGGCAACAUUCCUCCAACAUUCGCUCAGCCAGGCAGGCAGCACUGCGAGGCGAGGCAAGGCGAGGCGCAGCCACUCAGAGGGAAGAAGCAGAAGCAGGAGGGAGGAGCCUACCCACACGGACCACUAACUCUACAUCUGACAAGGCGUCAGUCGGCUGAGAAGAUCCCACUCCUUUACGCCUCCAUGUCUGUACAGAGCCACUGUUGGAGAGGAGGGG